CAACUCACUCCGCCAUUCCAUUGCAACGCCGAUCGCCGCGGCUUCAUUCUUUUUCCUCACUCCACCACACAAUCCAUUCCGUUAAACAGGAAACUCCGAUAUGGUAGACCAGCCCGAGUCCGGCCCGAAAUCGACCCCGCCGCCCGUGCCAAUUCCCGAUUUGGAACCUGAUGAAGAAAUCGAAGAAGAUGAAGACGACGAAGACUUCGACGAGGAGGAAGAAGAGGAGUUGGAAACAUUGACUCCCGAGGCUCGGAUGAGAAUGGAGCGGACGAAUAUGGAUUCCCUAUUCAAGCGUCUCUCUACGGAGCGGGUUCCGGUUCGGGUCCAUGACGUCAUCAUCAAGGGCAACACUAAGACCAAGGACUCCGUGAUCGAGGCUGAGGUGGAGGCGCUGUUCAGGGACGCCACUAGCUUCCAGCAGCUGCUACGCGCCGCCGGAGUUGCCAACGCGCGGCUGCGUGGACUGGAUAUUUUUGAAUCGGUUAACAUUACCCUCGAUGCUGGCCCGCCGGAACUGCCUGGGACUGCAAAUGUGGUCAUUGAGGUUUCGGAGGUGAAAAACCCUCUGACUGGAGAUUUCGGGGUUUACUCCAAACCUGAGGCUCGUUCUUGGUCGCUAGAAGGGUCACUGAAACUGAAGAAUUUGUUUGGUUAUGGAGAUCUGUGGGAUGGUUCAGUGUCUUACGGCUGGGGUCAAACAUCAGAAGUCAGUACAGGAGUGUCUCUGCCCAGAUUCAAAGGAAUUUCUACUCCUUUGUCUGCAAGAAUAUCUCUGCUUUCCCAAGAUUGGUUGAAGUUUUCGUCCUAUAAAGAGCAAGCACUUGGCCUCUCACUCGGCCUUUUAUCGUCUGGGAACCAUGAUUUAUCUUACAAUCUCUCUUGGCGUAUGUUAAAAGACCCAUCUCAAAUGUCUUCUCACACAGUGAGGAGGCAGCUCGGACAUAGUUUGCUCUCAGCUUUGAAGUAUACGUUUAAAAUCGACAGAAGAGAUUCACCUAUGAGACCUACUAGAGGACAUGCAUUCGUUUCCACUACUCAAAUAGGUGGCCUUUUUCCUGAUAUUCGGAGCCUCCGUUUUAUUCGUCAGGAAGUUGAUCUUCGCUACGCUAUCCCUUUGGGGUUCUAUCGAGCUGCAUUGAAUCUUGGUCUUUCAGGUGGUGUUAUACUUCCAUGGGGUAGCGGAUCUAUGAACACAUCGUCAUAUUUGCCAGAGAGGUUCUUCAUGGGUGGAAAUUCUUCUCCAGUUUGCUCCUUGAGAGGUCCCACAUCUGUUUUAGGUUUCAAGGCAAGGGGAAUGGGUCCUGCUGAGCCUAGGAGAUCUGUAAAAGAUAAUGCUACCGAUGGAAAUGCUGAUUAUCCUGGAGUAGAUCACAUUGGUGGAGAUCUUGCUCUCACUGCCUUUGCGGACCUUUCUUUCGAUCUGCCUCUGAAGGUUUUCAGGGAUGCUGGUAUACAUGGACAUGUUUUUGCGUGCACUGGUAGUCUGAAUAAAAUAACUGAGAAAGCGUAUAAGGAAUUUUCGAUGCAGAAAUUUCGAGACUCUUUUCGAAGUUCUGCAGGAGUUGGGAUCAUUGUACCGACCAAGCUAUUUCGUAUGGAAGUGAACUACUGCUACAUAUUGAAACAACAGGAGCAUGACCAAGGGAAGACUGGUGUGCAGUUCAGCUUCGCUUCUCCUUUAUAAAUUCUUUUGAAAAAAAAUAAAGAUUUAAUUCGACCUUUGAACAUCAACAAAUGUCGAAUGUGCUUCAUGUUAGGUCGAUUACAUCGACUCUAUGUUUUUGAACGCUCUCUACAGGUUCUACUGCAUUUCCUUUUUCUCUGAGCAUUUACAUGAGUGAACAUAUUGAGUCAUUUUUUUUGCCGAUAUUUUUACUCGUAAACCAAAGCGUAAAGAAUUCAAGACAUUUUUUUUGGUAGGUCGAUGAUUUCUUAUGUGAUUUUUGAGAUUU